AUGACACAUGUGGAAGAUCCGGAUGACUACAGCAGCGAGAGUGAAGACAACAGUCCAUGUGAGAGUUGGUCCUGGGACGUUUGGUGGAGACACGUUUUACGGACCGAGUCGAAAAGCCCAGCGUUUAUAAAUAAUCUGCAGACCAUGAACUAUGUGGGCCAGCUGGCGGGCCAGGUGUUUGUCCAGGUGAAGGAGCUCUACAGAGGCCUGAACCCGGCCACUCUGUCCGGCUGCAUUGAUGUUAUUGUGGUGCGACAGCCCGACGGCUCUCUGCAGUGCUCUCCUUUCCAUGUGCGCUUCGGCAAGAUGGGGGUGCUGCGGUCCCGAGAGAAAGUGGUUGAUAUAGAAAUCAAUGGGGAGCCAGUGAGUUUACACAUGAAACUGGGAGAAAAUGGAGAGGCAUUCUUUGUCAAAGAGACUGAAAACACACUGGAAAUGAUUCCGUCCUACUUGGCUACAUCGCCCAUCAUUUCAAUCGGAGAAGAACUGAUGCAGGCCCAACUUAACAGGAGAGCAUCCCUACGGCACGACAUUUGUGGCUCCUUGCCCGUGCACAACCUGGGAGCAGAGAACGAUGGAAGCUCGAGUAAGAAGAGGAGGAAGAGGAGGAGGAGGGUGCGGCCUGACGAAGGAGGAGGAAGGAGAGAUGACAGUGAUGGUUCAGAGGACGAGGACAUGUUCACCAUCGACCUGAGCUCAGAUGAGGACGGUGACACCAGGACUGGAUUUUGUGAGUCGACUGCCAGUGGAAACAAAACUUCAAACAGAUCCGACAGUACCGUUAUCAAGAGCACCCUGUCUGUACAUGCGCCCUGUGGCCUUUCUAUCUCUUGCCCUCAGCAGACCUCUCACUUUCCCUCUAUUAGCAGUGCAAACGAUUCCCAAUCAUCAACUCCAAAAAGUGACUCUGAGAUUUCAAACCAAAUGAAGGAGAAUCCUGAGAUGUUGUGGACGUGGGGCGAGCUGCCACAAGCCGCCCAGCCGGCCUUCCUCACGGAGAAUCAGAAACAAGAGUCUUCCUCAGCCGUGCCCAUCCGUGUUUCUGAGAGCACUCACUUUAGAGCCAUCAAUCACUGUGACGCCCCCUCCCUCCACGUCUAUCCCCCUGAAACACAUGAAGCCACUAUGAAUGCCACUCAGAAGGACACCACAGAGCAAGGGAGAUUGGUGGAAAGCGUUGGAGUGUCAUUUCCACAUAAUGAGGCCUGUUCAGUGUCUCCCAGAAGUGUUUUGGACCAUCUGGACUGUGGGGGAGCGAGGGGGAGUCCCAUCAGGAGAGUCGACUCACCCUCAAAGAAAAAGGAGAAGAGAAGCCAACACCUAGGCACAGAUGGUAUUUAUCUGGAUGAUAUUACAGAGCUGGAGCCUGAGGUCGCUGCUCUCUACUUUCCGAAAAGUGAAGGUGGUGAGAGCUCUGUGAAGCUGGACUCCGACUUGAUGAUGUGUGUGCGCAGUGAGAACCACUCUCCUCAGUCUGUGGGCAGCAGCGGCGUGGACAGCGGCGUGGACUGUUUACCGGAUCACUUCGGUGACCUGCCGCACGUGGCCAUCUCCUUAUGUGGAGGCCUCAGUGACAACAAGGAGAUCACAAGAGAGCAAUUCCAGCAGAGGGCAGUAUCGUAUCAGCAAUUCUCUGAAAAUCCCGCCCUAAUUGAGGACCCCAACCUGGUAGUGAAAAUAGGAAACAAAUACUACAAUUGGAACACAGCAGCUCCCGUCAUGUUGGCCAUGCAGGUUUAUCAAAAGCCCCUGCCCCAGGCUUCAGUGGAGAACAUCAUGAAGGAAAGAAUGCCAAAGAAAGGCGGACGCUGGUGGUUUUCAUGGAGGAGCAGAAACAGUGACUCCAAAUCUGAGUCUGUUGCUGACGCUGCAGAGAGCGGAGAAGCAUCCCUCGCCAUGUCGCCAAUGGACAGGGUGAAAGAUGAGUCAUCCAGUGAUGAAGAUCACAGAUCCAUAAAUUUUGUGUCAGGAUCUGUUCAAACUGAAACCUUAGAUGCUUCAAGCAGCAUCUGUUACAAGAAGACGCUGAGGCUCACAUCAGAACAGCUGACGAGCCUGCAGCUAAGGGAGGGGCCCAAUGAGGUAGUUUUCAGUGUAACCACACAAUACCAAGGAACCUGUCGCUGUAACGGCACCAUCUACCUUUGGAACUGGGAUGAUAAGAUUAUAAUUUCAGAUAUAGAUGGAACUAUCACAAGGUCUGACACUUUGGGUCACAUUCUUCCCACGCUCGGCAAAGACUGGACUCACCAGGGAAUAGCACGACUCUACCACAAAGUCAGCCUGAAUGGUUAUAAGUUUAUGUACUGCUCAGCCAGGGCUAUUGGCAUGGCUGACAUGACCCGAGGUUAUCUGAACUGGGUCAACGAGAGAGGAACUAUGCUGCCUAUGGGUCCAGUUCUGCUCAGUCCCAGCAGUCUAUUCUCUGCACUGCACAGAGAAGUCAUUGAGAAGAAACCAGAAAAGUUUAAGAUCGAAUGUCUCACUGACAUCAAGCAACUUUUUUACCCAAACACAGAACCGUUCUAUGCUGCUUUUGGCAACAGAGCAACAGAUGUGUAUUCCUAUAAAGAAGUGGGGGUUCCUCUUAACAGGAUUUUCACUGUUAACCCCAAAGGAGAGCUGACGCAAGAACAUGCCAAAACCAACAUUUCCUCAUAUGUCCAUUUGUGUGAAAUGGUGGACCACGUCUUCCCUGUGCUUUUGCAAGAUGGCGGCUCGGAAGUGUCUGGAAACUUUGAUCGGUUGAACACGAUGUCGGCUGAACUGUACACAUCACCACCACCGAGCGACAACAAUGAAUCUGUUCAAACCACCACCGCAGGAGGAACCAAACCACUGCACCGUUUCAUCAAAGGACAACCAAAGAUCGUCGGAGUCAUUGUGCUGGUUUUAGGAGCCUCUAUGUUCACUUUUACCGCAGUGGUUGUUGACAGUAGAGGCUCACUUUACAUACUGGCUGUCAUCCCACCUGGAUUUUUCCAAGGAACACUGUGCAUCAUAUGUGGGAUUUUGUAUAUAAUAACAGAACACAAUCCAACAAAGAAAACAGUAACCAUAUGUUUGGCGUUGAGCAUCUUCUCCUUACUUGGGACGGUGUGGACCAUUUUGCAUAACCUCCCUGUUCUUGUUCAUGGCCACUACAACCGGCACUACGAAUAUAUGGAAGAAAAUGUCACAGAUACGGAAUAUAUUGCCAUGUUACAAUAUGAGACAAUGGGCAAGAGUUUGGAUUAUAUUUAUCUGGUCCAGUUCGUAACAGGUGGAAUCAUUUUUGUUGUCAUGUCAACUCUGGGAGGAAUGGCUCUGCGUUCUACCAACAACCAGGCUGUUGUCGUGAUGAAGACCGUCAAGAAAGAGACUGCUGCAGAAUAA